AAUGCUAGGAGCAUAAACGAGGAUCAUUUUCAUCACCCUGACAAACUAAAGCCACUACAGUAGAGAGACAAAACCAUCAUGCACGCCGUGAGAAUAAAAUGAAGAUCUCCCUUUGCGUUUUGCCGUAGGCAUGCCAACAAUUAUUGCACGUGUUCCUCGAUACCCAGGAACAACUUGUUCACCCAAGAUGUGGCCCGUCGAACGGGUACAACAACGAGGGCCACCAGGUCGUGUACGAACUGUAUCUGCUCGUCUCUUGAACAACAGACAAAGGAGCAGGCAGCUCCUCCUCUUCGUACUAUCAGCGACACCCAGUGCAGCCACUGCUUUUCUUUCCAGCAGCAGCUCAUCCAAUCCGCAGAACCAGAACAACACGUCCUCCGCCAACAGCGGCCCUAGAGACCACAUCCUCCGACCCGGCACCACGGCGAGGACGGUGCUGAAGGAGAUCACUUGCCCAGUGUUGCGCGCCGUCCCCUACACCAAGAACGACGUGAGCUACAUCUACGGCCACAAAUGUCCCUACACGUUUGCCGACACCCGGUCCCGCAUCGUUUCCCGGCGCGCGUAUCAACAGGCGUACAGGCGUAUGCAUUGAUUGGAAAAGUCUCGCUCUCGUCGACGUCGCUCCUAUUGGUUGUAUGAUGCAUGACAAUUUUAUUUUCGAAUUUCGUCAGACGAGAAUCUGGAACGGAACUCAGCAUGCGAAAUCGCGUCGCAAAUAAACACAUCUGCCAUGCAUGAUUGAAAAUUGUUAGUAUAACGGGCACGAUACUUUUGCGGAGCAUACGACUUGGCGGUCCGAGUGUGAGAGGUGCUUCGUCGGGGGCUUCGUCGCUGUCUGCGGAACAAAAAAAUGUGGAGGACCACGGGUACUAUGAAGCUGCGUAAAGAUGCAAAAGAUAAAAGAGUCAAGUAUUUUUUUUGUCGUGUGGGAGGAGGAGGACCACGUGGAACUUAUUUCCCAUGCCUGCGUUACUGUACUAUCGCGAAAAAAUCGAUAACAUCAUAACAGGCUCACUUCUGCCUGGCCGCUUCCUGAGGCUAUUUCCUCUUCCCCCAUCACUUCUACUGCUCGCCGAAACUCGCAGCGGUGCGGUACCGUCCCGGUCGGCUGGAAGCGACGCGUUUCGCCCAUUUCUGUCCUGAACAAAGACGAAGUUCUGAACAAUUGGAUUAACUACAGCGCCGAGGCGCUGCAGGAUAAUUUUGACGAAAAAACCGAGAAUUAUCCCCCGGGACUUUGGGUGCCGCAGGACCAAAAUAGGGAUGGUUUCUUCAUUCCUCCGCCGAGCGCAAUUCACACGGAUUUGAUCGAAAAAUACAACAGCGCCCCGGUAUUGCGCGAUCCGAAGAAGUUUGUGGAAUUGGUUUUGAAAAAGCCGCCGUACAUGUGCAAGAUAAAAACUGUGUUAGUCUAACAAGUCUGUUACUGUUUCUGUAAAAACGCGGAAGUAAUAAAUGCAACAGAGUUCGUACACUUGCAAAUCAUGCCAGCAGACCUCUUUAUUUUCUAAUGUGUUUUAUUUCGUCACGUACUAGCCAUCCAUGACAGGUUUUCUCUCUGAUGCAGAGCAAACUUGUGAUCAUGCUGUCACCCCAAGAGUAAAGUUUAAGUUACACUAACACAGUAGUUUUGUAGUUGGAUGGUACAUCAACGAAAUGCCGGGGUUCGUUGACGAUUUGACAGGUGGGCAACAUUCAACAUCCGGCGCAGGAGGACAGGGAGGAUCCACCUCUUCAGGAAGUGGUCUGCAACGGGGCAGCGCAGGAGGUGGAUCAGGCUCUGCAGGAGGUGCAGGAGCAGGAGGGGUCGCCAUUGGUGGUACUAGCGCCUCAUCUCCUUCUGGAUUGAUGUCCGUGGGCCAGGUUUUAUCCUCCGUUGGUGGUAGUUCGUCUGGGCAAGGAUCUUUAUCGUCGAACAAUGCAGGAGAUGGUGCGGGGGAGGGAAGUGACAGUUCAGAUUCUACUGCCUCAUCCAGCUCGAGCGGCGAGGAAAAUCAGGCAGCAAACGGAUCGGGACAUCCCUCCGGAACACCACAGAGUACUUCUCCCCCCGCCGCCCCCGCUGUUGAUCUUUCCGAGGACGAGGAUUUUCUCGGGACUACGGUGAUAAUUCCCCCGGGCCCGGGGAUGCCGUCGUUUGCUCCCGCAGUCGGCGGCCCGAUCCUCCCGGGGGCGCCAGCAGGAGGUGCGGCUGGUGCAGCGAAUGCGAAUGACAAUCCGAAUGCUGGGAAUAAUGGUACUAACGACGGCGGUAAUGGUUUCAAUUUCAGAGGGUUUUUCAACCGACUUUUUCGCAACGGUGGGGGAAACGCUAACAACAAUAAUGGGCAACAACAAGAAGUCCCGGCGCCUGGUGCUGCAGCUGCAGCCGGGGCAGCUGGUGCGAAUAAUGGUGGUCAGUCCUCCGCUAUGAACAAUCCGACUCUACCCUCGGCAACAGCUUCCUCACCCGGAGCAGGCGCAAGUGGAACAAGUGACGGCCAGUCACCUAAAGCUCCCUCCCCCGCGACUCGGGGGGUGGGUUUAGCUGUAAACGCCGGUGUAAAUGGAGACGAUGAUGCAACUGGGAUGAACGGCGAUCCAACGGACAACGAGAACCAAGAAGCCGCUGCCACCCCCGGUGCCGUGUUGCAUCCCGGGGAGCUAUUGAACCCGCUUGUGGACCCUUCGUCCACGGACGAAAACGGAGACAACGCCAACUACAAGAAUUUUCCGGGUGGGAUUUCGGCCAAGGAGUACUGGGAGCUGGCGGAGAGGGGGCAGGGGUUCCGUGAGGGAAGACCCAGCUGGCUUUGCUCGAUUUGUAUAUGAUUUUAGACAGGAAAGUGUUUUCAUUUUUUUCGAGCCGGAGUUGAUGGCGGUGUGCAGUUUUUUGAUGUACUUUUUGUUUUUGCCGGCCCGAGACGGACAGGAAAAACGAAAAUGUUGUUGCUGUCGUGCUGGAACUUUGUUCUUUGUGAUCGCAGAUGAACAAUAAGACAACAAAUACUACAGCCCUCGACAUCAUGGAGGACCCGGUGAAACCGAAGGGCAGUCGGGUACUGGAUUGCUUUGAGCGCGAGUAUUUGCUCCAAUCCUUAGCAAGUGACCCCCGACACCCGCUUUCCCGUGAGCCAGUGCAUACACAAGAAGUCGAGCCUUGCACCGAAUUGCUGGAGGAGAAAAGAGGUACAGUUAUCAUGACGUUGUGUAGUUCUUGGUUGGGAUCGUGCAUGAUAAGAACUUACAGCUCAAAGUCUUCAAAUAAGAUGUGGUGUGCAGGUGCACUCAAAUAUCGAUUUAUUUUUAUGAUACAUGUUCUAUCUACCUGCCUUGCUCAUGACGCAGUUCCUACCUUGCUCGUGCGCAUACGUACGUAGAUCUCUUGACAUCCGUCUUGAGGUUUAGGGUCGGAGCGCUCUCAGCACUGCUGAAGCUUUAGAACCAGAUGGGAGUGCACACCCGGACGGAUCAGAGCAAAGGCUUUUUGAUAGCGCUUUUUUACAAAUGGCUUCAUAAUUCGCUUACUCUGCUGCCCCCCUUUUUCCUUUCCCCCGGGCCCAACUGGCACCAAGCAGUUUUUCUUUUGCGUGUCCUCAUCCGGACACAUCGAUCUCGGUCUAGGUUUAGGUUUAGGUAUAGGACCAUCAUAUGUCGUCCGCCGCGGCCGCUGUCCCGACCACCCACCGCUCCAGCGACGAAACAUCUUCUUCCCGCCUACCGUCCCGGAACGCAGCGGCGAUGGGUUUCAGGGUUUUAGGGAUUUAGGGUUCUAGUCAAAUUUUAUGAUACAUGUUCUAUCUAAAAAUUUGUAAAUGCCAGGCAUCGAGUCCGGCGAGGUUGUGGUGGACAACACGGGGAAGGAGCUGUACAACAAAAUCAAGUUUGAGCGCUGGGAACUUCUGAUGUACCACCACUUCCCGGAGACGCUGUGGAAGUGCGGCGGCGCACUCGUCCUUUGGUUGCUCGUGACCUACCUCGCGUGGCUUGGGGUGAAACGGACAUUUUCCGUGAAAAUCAAGAAGGACGAAGAAUUGAGCCAGCAAGUGAUCGAAAAAUCUUUAGCGGACCCGAACAAACUGUUUCCAUUGCCAUCGUUUUAUAUCAACGUGAAGGGCAGCAGCUCCUGCGAAGGAUCUUCUACUUCAUGGGACGAACAGGGAUCAUUGAAUGCGAAGAUGAUGAACCAGCGAAAUGUAGCGCCGGAACAAUUUGCCACAAGUAGAACGCGGCCAGCUGCUCUAGUUGACAUCAAUGCCGAAGGACCACAAUUAGAGAACCAUGUCGAGGACGACGAAAGCGAAACGUUGGCCGCCAGCAAACCGUUGCUUGACGCCAACAACAGAAAAAACGCUGUCGCGGCCCCAAAAGAGAACGACGACACCUGCAACACAGCGAUCAACAGUAGUUCACCAGGGCCAAAAGAUGCAGCAUCUUCGUCAGAGGAGUACCAAUUGGCGCUGCAGAAUUGGCUCGAGAAGGAGCAGAAAGAGCUGGAGGACCACGAGAAGGAUGUCGUGGAGCAGAACAAUAUCCUGUGCAAAAGUAUCGUACUCGUAUAAAUGCAAGUCUUGCAUUGCAAAUCCUUUUCCUAUUCCUAAGGUAAAUCCGCAUUGCAAAUUUUAUUUCUCAUGCUGAGGGAAUUUGUGAUGCAUUUAUACGAGUGCGAUACUUUUGCAAUUCAUAAACUACUACCUGAUGCCGUGCGACGGAGCCAGGGGCAUCCGGAUAUUGACGAGUGAAAAUGGCUUUUCUGAAGAACAAUUACAACCGAAGUUUAAUAUUUUGCCAAUUCGAGAGAAGGAGCCUCAACCUGUGGUCGCGCAUUUUGAGUCCUCUUCAACUUCUGCCAUCUCGCAGCUCUCCAUUCUCCGACCGAGGCUGCCGAACACGAAGCAGGCCGACCGAGGGCCUCAUGUUUUUAAACCACGGAACAACUACCAACCAGCAGCAGGAGCUGGAGUAACACCUCAAGGGAACAACGGAAGUUCCUUUUUCGAGAACCCGACCCCCUUCGCAGGUCUAACUAAUCCGGGGGCCACCUCGUCGUCUUCGGGAGGAGUAGAGGCGAACAGUGCGCUGGAUAUCCGCAACGCUAUCCAUUGCAUCAAAAGUUUGAUCGUACGGGCGGCCGUAUUGGUUGUCACAAUAUUGCAUGACAGACCUCGAUUCUCUUAGGCGGGAAAAAGCAUUUUACAAAUUCGAGUUCUACUCUGUGGCUUCUUGAAAAAAAUUGUGAUGCAAAUUCUGCAGGAGCAGGCGCGGCAUGCACGGCACAUCAACUUUUGCAACGCAUAAGCGCCGACCCAAACAGCACCAUUCCGAACCGCGUAUUCUACUGUAUGGGGCUCUCAAACGUUACGGUUACAUUCUCAACUGUUACAUAAAUUUGUCAUGCAAAAAUACCAUCAUCAUCCUCACGAUCAAGCUGCUCCGCAUGACAAAUCUGCGAAGGGCUAGACCGCGCCUAAAUCUGUGCGGAAUUUGUAAUGCUACAGUUGCAGCUUUCCCCUUUUCACUCUUCCCUUUCUUGCAUUACAAACUCAUGUGACAGUUGAGAAUGUAACAAUUGAGAACGCCAUAUACUGGAAGCAGCACCGCGAGCUGUGCACGUUCGGGAACCGCUUGGUCCUGCGGGUUUUGGUGUGGUUGCUGUUGAUUGCGCUGCAUUGCUUCAUUGUCUGGAAAAUUUUCAAAGUCUCCCAGCGAGUUGUGCAGUUUCAGCACGAGCUGAAGGAGCCUUUCGCGUGGCGGAAAAUCACGCUGCGGGAUCAGUUUCCCUGGGGCUACGACGUCUGGAAGGGCUACUCGUCUUUGUGAGCUGGUGGGGUGUUAGAGGUCGUGCAGGCAGUUUGCGUCGAUGGUGCACUUGUGUUGUAGUCGAGAUGCUUGUCUUCACAAGGAAGAUUAAGAUUUUGUUUAACAUACUUUUCUUGAGACAAGAAUACAGUUAAUGCCGACAGAAAAUUUUGGAUUUGGGCCUGGAACUAUAAAGACGCAGUUUUCGCACGACCACGCCUUAGCUUUGAUUAUAGAAUAAAACUAUUCUUCGUUCAGCCUUUGAACUCAUUUUCCGAGCCGCUUUGGAAGUUUUGCAAAAUCAGGCCAAACGUCGAGGAAGACUUCACCCAACUCGUGGGAUUGGUAGCGCAGACAAAAAUCUUCUGGCACCUCCUUGACGCUUUCGCGUUCCGAUGAAAUGCCACAAUUGACAUUUUUUGUUCUGGCCUUGUGCAAAGUAGGCCGCAACAUGAAUACAACGCCAUCGAAUCCGCGGCCUGCUGAAGAUAUGCCACUGCGACAGGCACACCUGUUUCGGUGAACUUGAGCAUCAGGCGUGUGCUUGCAAGUGCACACGACAUGAUCUGAG